CACGACAGAACUAAUAUAACUGUAAGCAUACUUAAGAAGGAUAGCUAAAAUUUUUUACCUUUGGAAGUACUUUUCUUUUAGUGAUUUAAGAACAUAAUCUGAAGUUUAACUUUUUACAUAACAACCAAAAAAACUAAAUUUUCAGUGUACGUUUUGUUUUUGAAAAUAAGUUUUUUUAAAUAUCAAUCUGUUCCUUCCUCGUGGUAAUUAUUUGGAAACACGGUACAAUCUAAAUAAAAAAAAGUUAAUCUUUUUUUUGAAAAUUUCAACGAAUCCACAAUGAAUUACCUAGUUAUUAUUAUUUUAUCUAUUUCAAGUUUUUUUAUUAAAAGGGAAGACUUGAUUCGUUGCAUAGAUGAAGACAUUUUACAGUUCAUCUCAAAGGGACAAGAUGUUAUAGCUGGUAUUUCUAAAUAUCUAAGUGAUCUGGUCGACAAAAAUCCAAAAGCACCGUUUGGUGUUAUGGUGUUAGACGAAAAUUUUUUCGAGUUAUCAAUGUCAUCAAACAAUUUAAAUCCGAGUUUGUUUUUGAAAAAAUCCACAGAUAGUGUUGAUAAGUUUUGGGAGGUGUUCAUGAACAAUAAUGGUGUAACUUCACCUUCAAAAAAAAAUUUUUUAGUGCUUCCAGGACAAUUGGGAAUACUGUUAUUAAUGUCGUUUCAACAGGUUAUGUGUGAAGCGACCAGAUUGUCCGAAAAUUUUGAUUCUUAUUCAAUAGAAGAGCGAGUUAAGUAUUUUACUUUUCUUCAAAAUAUAUACAAUAGAAAUAUUCAAUCAGUAUCUGAAAAUAAAAAUCUUGUCCAAUUGAAGACGUCUAUAUUUUGUUUAAACCGACAACUUUUCAUGUUAAAUGAUAAUGAAUGUUUAAGAGUAGCUGAUAAAAUGAAACCGUUGAUAUCGCCGCAUGAUGGCUUGUUUAUUUUUAAGGAUUGCUUUGAUUUAAAAAUGCAAAAAGUCAUUCAAGAAUUUAUACGUGCAGUGAAAUCAUCGAACUCGCAUUGUUCUCAGUUGCUUAUGGAUCAACUCCAUUUUUCCUUUAAUUUUAUUGAAAAAUUUCAAAAUGAGGCAAUCGAUGAUCCGAGUCUAAUAGAAAAUUUAUUAAAAUCAGGUUACAAGUUUAGGAUGGAAUUACAUCGAAACUUGCUUUACGAAAAAAAUCACAAUUCUAAGGAUUUCAAAAAGACAAACAAAAAAAAAUAUUCUUUAAAAAAAAAAAAUCUAUUCGAAAAGUCUGGUGAUAUGGAUGAACCAACAGAAGCAAAUACAAAGAACUCUUUAAAACCUGAAAGUAAAAAAAAAAAAAAAUCUUUUCUACAAAAUAUAUUUUCGCUUAUAAAAAAAAAAUCACAGGUGGGUAAUCAAAUAAAAGAUAUAAGUAUUUCGAAAAAAGGAAGCAGCCAAAGUGGAUAUAGCAAGCUGUUGGAUACCUCAGAUGUCGAUCACACAAACGACCCAAGCACUUCCAAGAGUAUAACAAAUGCAGGUUUUUCAUUUGAGCCAUCAAAUUAUUUAUCGAGGGAAUCACUGACAAACACAAGAGAUACUGAUUCCAACUCAGACAGUUCGUUUGACGUUCCAAGUUUCUCAUACAACAAUUUUCUUCACGAGAAAAAGCUUAAAGAAAAAUCAUUUCCAGUCCAAGAAAACGUUGUAACAAUCCAAGGUUCCCCUAAUCUUGCCCGAAGAAACGUACAAUCAAAAGACAGAAAAAUUGUUCUAAGCAAUCUGGGUUCGCUGAAUGGCAACGAAAUAUUGAAUAAGAAAAGUAACGUAGAUGAAACGAAAUCUUCAAUACUACAACAUACGCACAAGAGAUCUCCUAUAUAUCCUCAUCAUAAACAGGAAUGAAUACCCUAAAUUUUCUUUUACUUUUUCUUCUUUUUUUUGUUCUUUAAAUAAUUGUUUUUUUGAUUUUAUCAUUAAAUGAAAGGUUACUUUUAUUUAGCAAGAUUUAGUUUAUAUAGGUAGUCCAAUGUUUUUGUUUUCACAAAAGAUUGAUUGUAGGAAUUUUAAUGUAAUUUUUAUGGUACUAGCAGCAAACGUAUUUCUCGUUUUUUUGGAAUAUAUAAUAUGUAAAAAAAUGAAUGAUACGUUGUAUAUUUACGUUCUCACUUUUUUUAAAUUUUAUUUUUGUAUAUGAACAACUGAGCAAAAUUAUUAUUUCCUGAAUUCUU